AUGGCAGCCCAUGAUCUGGGCAGCCGUGGGCAGCCAGGGGCCGGCCCCGCGCCGCCGGCGGCGGGGCCCCCAAGGCCCGUGCGAGGCCACGCGCGGGGCCCAGACCUCCAACGCCUCGAGACGCUCGAGGCGAGAUGGCUCUCGCAGCGUUCGGCCUCGGGGUGCCCUCUCGCCAGGCCCCCGGGGCCGUCUGCAUCCGUUGUCGCCUGCCUGACGUUCGCCCCCGCCGCGCUCGGCAAGAGCGGCGGGCUCCCGCGGGGGUUCGGAUGCAAGUCCUGGGAGGUGGAAUGCUACAUCAGCGCUGGAGGAUCCGCUGGCGAAGACCCGCCCAAUCCGGCACAACCCCGGUCCACUUCGCGCAAUUCGGCCAAACAUAUUUUGAUGCUGGGCUUGAUUUUGGUUGGUUCGUCUCACAUGCUGCUGAAUGGCCCUCUUCGUUCUUACGAAGACCGCCCAGGAGUUGCUGCCUAA